AUGCUCAGUCGAUUAUUACCAAGAGUGCUUAAUUUAAAUUCAUUGAAACAUUUGACAAAAUUAAGUUCAACUACAACAAUAACAUCAGAAAUUCCAAAGAAUAUUUCAUCUGUUAAACCAAGAUCGAUUUAUCGUCUGUUCGAUUUCUAUGAAGAUGUCAUUGGUUUAAAAGAAGUUAAACAAGCACAAAAAAAUGUUAACGAUGCUGAAAUUAAUUUUAUAAAUGCUCAAAAUAUUCGUCGUUCUCAUAUGAAAGAAUUACAUGAAAUACAAGAAAAAUUGAAAACAUUACGUUUAAAUAUGGAAAAAUUACCACGUUCAGAUGAUCGUUAUUUACAAUUGUUUACUGAAGAACAUGAUGGUGUUAAAAUAGAAAAACGUUUACUUGAUAAAUUAUUAUCAGCUGAACAAAAUGAACGACAAUUAUUUUCUAUAAUGCAAUUAUCAUUAAGAGAUAAUCAAGAAAAAGAACGUUUAAGAACAGAACGAACAAAAUAUUGGUCAGUUAUUGGUUCAGUUAUUGGUGCGUUAUGUGGAAUUAUUGGAGCAACAAUAACAAAUUAUUAUCGAUUAAAUGAAUUAAAAAAUAUGACAUUACAAACAGAAAAUUUAUUUAAAGAUGUAUUAGAUAAACAAAAUAAAUAUAUUGAUUCAUUUCGACAUGAUAUGAUUGACUAUGUUCUAUAUGGAAAAUCAACGCCAAUGCUUGUUACAUUAAAUAAUAAAUCUGAAGAAAUGUUAAUAUCAUCCAAACAGAAACAAAAUUUAAUAAAUGAAGAUAAUAUUAAUUUAAAUAAAAUGUUUGAAAACACAGAGAAUACAUUAGAAUCUAAAAUGAGACAAUAUAGUUUAAUAACAGCUACAUUGACUUAUGCCGGAAUGGUAUUAACUAUACCAAUUAUCUAUGUUUUAUUCAAAAAUUUUUAA